AUGGAAUCGGAAAUCUUGAGACUUAAUGUGGGUGGACAUAUUUAUACAACAACAAGGUCUACCCUUGUCAAGUAUCCAGAUUCAAUGCUGGGAGUGAUGUUUAAAGGUGAUAUCCCAUCCAAAAUGGAUCAGGAUGGAAACUACUUCAUUGACCGAGACGGACAAAUGUUCAGAUACAUACUAAAUUUUUGUAGGUCUGGAAAACUCUGUCUGCCGCAACACUUUUCUGAUUAUGAUUUAUUGGAAAAUGAGGCUGAUUUUUACCAAAUUCAACCCUUAUUAACCAGCAUCACUUCUUCACGACAACAUGCAAUGCAAGAAAACUUGGAAGUCCAUUACAUAGAUAUUGUGGAAGUGAAAAAUCAGUUAUUACCUGUAUAUGACGAUGAAAAUGUUUCUUCCGAUGAUUUUUUUUGUACAAGUACUUCUUUAUACGGAAGGAACACAGACCUGAGGACAUUGCCUAGAAGAGCUUUUGAUCGCUUCUUGGAAUCGAGACGUAAUCCAGGUUACGGUGAAUUAGUAAUCAGUGGAUAUUUUGCAAGAAUUCGGAUAGGUGAGAUGCUGAGCAGCAAAGGAUGGAUUAAAGAACAUUGCGAUUUAUCAUCAUCAAAUACCAGUGCAGGAAAAGAAGCACGUGAAGUUUUCACUGAACAAAAUUAUAGGGAACUUUGGAAAAAGUAUAUAAAAAGUGAAUAAAUGUGCAAAUCAUAUUACCAG